UGGUAAUUAGUUUUUAUAACUUUACCUUAAACCAACAAAUAUUGACUAGUAGCGUAAUGAAACCCAACUACUACAUUAACACUACUGAUAUGAUUAAAAUAGUUACUUAUUACUUUUUGUUCGUAUCAGUACAAAUAUUUGCGAAAGACUAUGAUGCUAUUAUUCAAAAUUACAAAACGAAAAUUAAUGUAGCAAUAGAAAAUUCUAACAACUAUACCGUCGAUGUGGAUGCAACUCGAUAUAAACCAAAAUCAAAUGAUAUCACUGAGUUUGGUGAAUUUAACUACAUCGUCAUCGGAGCUGGCACUACUGGAGCUGUGGUAGCCAAUGGCCUUUCAGAACAAACACAUAAAAAAGUUUUAGUUCUAGAAGCUGGGAAAGGAUCAGAUAUAAGCACCGAUGUACCAUUACUGGUAUAUCAGGCUCAGCUCAGUGAUUUUAACUGGGGGUUUCAUAGUACACCUCAAAAAAAUGGAUGUCUUGGUAUGAAAAAUCAGGCUUGUCCAUGUCCAAGAGGCAGAGGUGUUGGCGGCACAUCGCUAAUUAAUGGCAUGAUAUACUCCAGGGCAAAUCCAAAGGACUUUGACAGACUUGCUCGUGACGUAAGAAAUAGUGCUUGGUCGUACAGCAACGUGUUAAGGUACUUCAAAAAAGGGGAAAAUUUUACUCACACCAACCCUGCAGCACCUUAUGCGCCCUGCUAUCACGGUAAAAAGGGGUAUUUAAACGUUGAAAACCUCAACAUCGAUAAUCCUAGAUCGGAAGCGUUUGUGCGAGCUCACUUGGAGUUGGGAUUUAAGAAAACCGAUUAUAAUAGUUUAAAUGAGUUGGGUGUAUCGCUAAUUCAAUCGACAAUUAAAGGCGGGAAACGAGCCGAUACUGGAACAACCUUUAUAUUGCCCAUCAAGAAUAGAAAAAACCUUAUGGUGUCAAUGGAAAGUUAUGUAGUUAAAAUAGAAAUUCACCCUAAAACCAAAAUAGCUAAAAGUGUGUUAUUUAGUCGACAUGGUACUUUGUAUAGAGCCAAAGCUAAAAAUGAGAUCAUUCUUUCUGCUGGCGCAUUUCAAUCACCUCAAAUCCUACAGCUUUCCGGAGUAGGUAGAAAAAUGGAUCUAUCUAAAUUCAACAUUCCCGUUAUAAGUGAACUGGAUGUUGGAAGGAACCUAAAGGAUCAAAACAGCAUAUUCCUAAGCAUCACCCACAAUACGACAGAUCCCGAUAUUGAUCUUAACUCUGCCCUAAAAGAUUUCGUUCAUGGGAGAGGUAUUUUAACCACUUCAAAUUUUGAGGGGGUUUCAUUCUACGAUUCAAAACAUAAAAACUAUCCGGAUAUAGAGCUAUUUUUGAUACCCUUUGCAAAGAGCCCCAUCCCAAAUUUGAACAAUAAAGUUGUGAACUACACUGAUGCAACCUUGAAGGAUUUAUCAGCAGGAAACGCAAAAACUUUUUCUAUUUUGGCUACAGAUUUAGAUCCAAAAUCAUUGGGUUCUGUAACCUUAAAAAGUAAUUCACCCUUUGAUUACCCUUUAGUAGAUCCCAACGUACUCAGCAAUCCAGCUGAUUUAGAGAUGCUCUACAAAAUAAUACAAUUUACAAGGAAAAUUGUCAAAACUGAGGCAUUCAAGAAAAUCAACGCGACUUUGUUAGUCCCAAAACUAAAAGCAUGUGAAAAAUAUAAGUUGGAUUCAAAGGGAUAUUGGUACUGCAAUUUCAGGCAACUUAACCAUCCCUCAUAUCACCCAUUGGGCACAUGCGCUAUGGGAAAAGAUCCAAAAAAGGGAGCGGUGGUAGAUUCGAAGUUAAGAGUCUUUGGUGUCAAAAAGCUACGAGUUGCCGAUGCAUCUGUGUUUCCAUUUAAUUUGAGAUCACAUCUCGUUGCGAAUUGUGUCCUAGUCGGUCAAAUAGUUUCAGAUUUUAUUAAAAAAGUUAACUUUUAAAUUUUAAUAAAGAAGGUACAACAUUUAAGUCUUUCUCUUGACUUGUCCCAAUGUGCG